AUGAACCUAUCCAACAUAAAGGUUCAGUUUUUUCCACCCAACGCCACAAGCCGCCUUCAGCCUUUGGACCAAGGCAUAAUCUCUCUCAUAAAGAGAGCUUAUCGUAAGCGACUUGUAAGAGCUGCAAUUCGUGCUGCUGAAAACAAUAGUGCAACCCCAAAUUGGAAUCUGCUUGAUGCAAUAAAAGCUAUCGCAGCAGCCUGGAACUCAGUAUCGGCACAUCAUAUGGGGAAGUGCUUUAACAGAGGUUGGAGACAUAGCAACACUGAAGAUGUCCAUGGGUUAGAAGAUGCCACUUCACCUGAUGAAUGGACAGUUCUGCAAGACGUUGCGAACCCUGGGAUUAGUUUCGAAGAAUUCAUUAGUGUAGACGACGAUGUUGCCGUAUGUGCUUCUGUGGAAUCAGAUGUGCCAAAAGCUGUGAACAAGGUGCAAGAAGGGCCAUCAGAAGAAAGUGAAGAGGAAGAGAAUACAGAUAACUUUCCACCUACCCGGUAG